UUGAGGGGAAUAAAUUAAACCCAGAAAAGGGAGAUUGGAAUCACAGAAAACAAUUGGCUACUAUGACUUCUCCUUUCAUCCAGAACCAAGACUGGGACAUGUCGCAGGAGCCCUCAGAAAUUUUGUUCAAUUCAUUGCCAAGAAAUGCUGUUCUUGAUCCUAUUCACGAUUCACUUUCCUUCGAUAUGGUUGAUUUCUCCACUGCACCACCACAAGUAAAUCACAACCAGUUGAUGCUCAAGACAGAAGAAGAACUGAAGAAGAAGGAGAGGUCGUACAAAGGUGUGAGGAAGAGACCAUGGGGAAAAUAUGCAGCAGAGAUAAGAGACACAACAAGGAAUGGAACAAGGGUUUGGCUUGGAACCUUUGAGAGUGCAGAAGCUGCUGCUUUGGCUUAUGACCAAGCUGCAUUCUCCAUGAGAGGCCACAAUGCUGUGCUCAAUUUUCCAGUCAAAAGGGUCAAAGAAUCUUUGCAAGAGAUCCAAUACACCUGCUUCUCUGGUUCUUCUCCUGCUCUUGCACUCAAGGAGAGGCACUGCAUCCUAAGAAAAGUGUCAUCUCAAGCUAAAAAGUGUAAAGGGAAACACCCAUCAGAGGAUCCAACACCAUCUUUGCUCGUGUUAGAGGAUCUGGGAGUUGAAUAUUUAGAGCAUCUUUUAAGCAUAUCAGAUCAAAGUGAAAGCCCUAGCUUCUUCGACUAAACCUGUGACUGUAUUUUCCCUUUUCACAACAUCAAUUUCCAGCAUGACCUGUGUAUCUAUUGUACUCUCUUUAGAUGAACCUGAAUCAAUAUCCUCUCUCCCGAACGAGUAUAUGCGGUUACAUGUGCAUCUAGGUUUCAAGUUGAACUGCUAUGAAUCCAUUCUUGCACCAACCAUUGUCCAUCAUCAUCCAUUACAGGUUCAUUUUCUUGACAUUCCAGCUUCACAAUUUUAGCAAUAUUUUCAAAUAAAAGUUCUCAAGUUAUGCUAUAUGGAAGAACUUUAUGAGAAAUUCUACGAUAUCCUAAAAUAUUCUGAGUUUUGGUACCGAGAAAUUUUACUUUCCCUCUCUUAUGUAGUAUGAUUAAACUCAUUCAGUUUUUGAAUUGAUUCAAAGAUCAAUUUCACUAUAACUUUAGAUAUAUCUAGGGGCCAUACGUAUAGCAACUCUAAAAGUUUAUUACAUUACUCGCUAAAUGCUUAUACCAACAUAGUCUUGGAUUGCUUUUAUAGUCCAGAAGAUUUAUUCAGCAGUAGACAAGAAUAUCCAUGCUAAAAGAAAAUCAAAGAUGUUACCUAAUACAAUCUGUAGGAGUGACACAAAUCUGAAAACCAUGUCCAACAUAUCAG